AUGCCUUUCAAGCCCUUCGCACAUCUCGCCCGUGUCAGUGUUGCAAAGGGAAUCGCCCAUACUUAUGCUCCGUCCGUUGUCGCUGCUGGCCAGUCACUCGGACAGUUCCAAAAUUAUCCAGUCGCCAAAUUCACAAAAACCACACACCUCCAAAAUGCCUUCUCAAGCCCAUCGGGUUCCGGCGCAGGUGCGAAGGCAGGUUACACUACUCAAUCAGGCGGUGGUGAUGCCUCGUUAGCACAGUACUACGCAGCCUGGCAACAUGCGCAACAGACGGGUGAUGACUCGGACUGGAAAAAGCAUGAGGUCGCGAGAAGAAUAGGCUGGAAAAAUCAAGAGAGGGUUGUACCUACAUCGAAACACCACCGAGUCGAGUCCUACCGACCUGUCGACCUCCUCCGACCCACUACCCGCCUGACUGUCUCCCGCGUCAACAGUGAACGAGCCACUCCUAAGAUUCAAGAUGCCGAGGAAGCUCUGGCGGAAGCAGAAGCACUCGCAAAGGUAGAUGAGGAAAUUGCAAAGGAGAUCGCAUCCCGGCAGAUCGAAAAUGCUGCUACUUACGAUGAAGCCGUUGGCAGUCCUGUUGCUAGCACUCGAGCACCGAGUCCCUCUGUUCCAGAAACCGGCGCCACAUCAUUUGAGUCCUCGACUAGCCUCGAACACACGUCGUCACCUACGGACCUCACCUCACUUGCAUCGGAGGAAUCUGUCCUCUCCGAUCAGAUCGUCCAACUUGGUACCCAGCACCGUUAUAGCGAGAUCCCAGCUCUGUUCGAAGCGAUCAUCAAAGAUGGCCAUGUCCCAACUGUGGAGGCAUACAAUCAUAUCUUGGUCUCUGCCAUCCAUCUCAGUCAAGGCUACCAGCCGUGGCCCAGGGCUCUCGAGGUGUACGGGGACAUGACAAAACGGAACGUCGAACUCAAUGCAACAUCAUAUGUGAUCCUCCUUCGCUUUUUGGCCGCUAGAAGUCUUGAGGCAUACCAAGUGCAAAAGAAUCUCGGUGAAAGAGCUGCUCGAUAUGGUAGUGACGGUUCUUUGGUCUUCCCCUCUGCUACCAGACAACAUCAACUCUACGCAGCCGACACAUCGCUUGCAUUUGCUACGAAGUUGUACAACAUUGCGCGGGCAACUCUUGAAGAUUUUCCACUUUCCGCAGCGGUAUACAAUGCGCUAGUCAAGGCCUGUGCCCAAUCCGGCAUGGUCGGGCAUAUGAAUUCGCUGCUUGCCGACAUGAAUGCUCAAAAUAUUCCAUUGGCGCCACAGCUGUAUACCACGGUCAUCGAUGCGCAAGCCUCCGUGCAAGACAUCCACGCCGCUCAAGGAUUGUACGAAGAGUAUCGUGACCUCGCCAUCAGCAGAGCUGCCAAUGAUCCGCUUGAUCUAAAGGUGUAUGCGUCCUUGAUAAAGGCUUACUACGCUUGCGGACUUGCUGAGACUGGGCUACGUUUCUAUGAGAAGAUUCUCCAAUCUUUCAAUGGGUCGGCAAAUGAACAAGCCUUGUCGGAGAGCUUGACGAGCAUUUUCGUACUGGAUGGACUCGUUCGUUAUCACAUUGAAAACCAGGCCUACUCGACAGCGAUCUCAAGCCUUGAUGAUUUCACCCUCCCAUCCGCCGUGCGAGACGAGGCACUAUCGAGGAUCUCCACCGCUGCGGCUGACGCAGGAAAUACUGACGAAGCUGUUCGAUCCUUUGAUGCCAUCAGCUCGGUGAAUAUGAAGGCCGAGCCUGUCAUGGCUCUUGCUGCUUUGUAUAUUCGAGGUGGUGAUAUCAACAAGGCCAAGUCGGUCUGGAAUAACGCUCACUCCAUGCAAAUUGUUCCAAGCACUGACUUUGCCGCAAUGUACACUUUGGCUUUGAUCAAUUCUGGUUCCGUCGAAGAGGGUGUCGCUGAAGCACGGUUGAUAUUUCAACGUAUCCGUUCUUCGGCAAGCACUGAACCAAGCCAUCAACUCGCUGUAGCCGAAAUCGACGAGGCAAUCAUCCUCUUCGGCGAAGCUCUUUCCAAGCAACAGGCUGUGGUCUCUGCAACAACAAGCAUCACCUUGUUGCGAGCCAUGAUCGAAAAUGGAGGACUCGUCUCUCCAGUUGCCCAGCACGCUAUUGCAAGCUUGGGACCAGAAUGUGUCCACCAGCUCAAUGCUCAGGAUAUCGCUUUGGCUCUUCACGUGCAGGCUCAAAUGCUCAUGUAUCAAGAAGUUGUGGACGCUGCCCAUCCUGCCAGGUUUUCCCAUCUUCUUGAGACCGUGCUUAACCGCGGCAUCCUCAUGGAUCCCUCGACCGUUCACGUGGUGAGCGAGAGCUUGCCCAAAGUUGGAGGUGCUCGACCUGAUCUCCUGCAACGUUGGAAUGAGCUUCUUCACCCCGCUACCCCAAUCCCUGUGACGGUGCCACAAUCACCCCUGUCGCCUCACCUGGCGCUUCUCGACGCAGCAACCAACGACACUUUCGAUCCCUAUGCUCAUACUACUGACUAUCGUGCCUCCAAGGCGAUAUCCGAAUUGGUUGAGACCACGACAGGCCGUAUUGAACACCAUCUCAAUGACGGUUUGUCCCGACUGAGAAACGUUCGUCGAGCAGGCAGAAAUUUGCAUUAUUCUGCCUACGCGAAGCUGAUUACCGCGGCCGGAAAAUCCAAACAGGCGAAUUUGAUUCAAGAGAUUCUGAGCAUGGCACAUGCCGACGUCCCAAUGUCAUUGCAGAUCCCAUCGGUUCGUGCAGGUUGGAUUUUGAUCUUGGACUCUAUGAUUGCGGCCUGCUUGACUGUUGGAGAUCGUCAACAAGCAAGCAAAUUCCAUCAAGACCUUCUUGAUAUGGGAGCGGCGCCUUCUGCAAAUACCUUUGGCAUUUAUAUCACCACUCUUGAGGGAACUUUUGAUGAAGCUACCGAGGCCGUCAAGAUUUUUCAACGUGCUUUAUCGGAGGGAGUCGUUCCAAGUGUUUUCCUCUACAACGCCGUUAUUGGUAAGCUGGGCAAAGCUCGACGGAUUGACGACUGCCUCCGGUACUUUGGCGAUAUGGAGGGUCGUGGCAUCCGUCCUUCGUCUGUCACAUAUGGUACACUGGUGAACGCUCUUUGCCGAACAAGUGAGGAGCGCUUUGCAGUUGACAUGUUUGACGAGAUGGAGGCAGCACCUAAUUAUCGCCCUCGACCUGCUCCAUACAAUUCCAUCAUCCAAUAUUUCCUCAACACCAAGCGUGAUCGAAGCAAAGUCUUGCAGUACUACGAGCGGAUGAAGUCCAAGAACAUUAAACCUACAUCUCACACGUACAAACUGCUCAUCGAAUCAUACGCGUCUCUGGAACCUGUCAACCUGGCUGCUGCCGAAUCCAUCCUUUCCGAAAUGAAACAAUCCGGUGUUCAACCCGAGGCAGUUCACUAUGGGUCGCUGAUCCAUGCCAAAGGGUGCGUUAUGCACGACAUGCCCGCUGCCAGAGCCGUUUUCGAUUCCGUCUUGCAAGAUAGGAACAUUCGUCCGACCGACACACUGUACCAGAACUUACUCGAAGCAAUGGUCGCCAAUCACGAAGUGGAGAAGACGUCCGAGAUUCUAGCCGAUAUGGAAAGACGUGGCAUCUCUAUGACCCCCUAUAUUGCGAACACGCUGAUCCACGGGUGGGCAGGAGUAGGCCAGGUUGCCAAAGCUAAAGCGAUUUACGAGCAACUGGGCAUGGAUAAGCGCGAGCCCAGCACCUACGAGGCCAUGACACGAGCCUUCCUGUCCGCGGAAGAUCGGGCUAGUGCCAACACGGUGGUGCAAGAGAUGCUGAAGAAAGGCUAUCCUGCAGCUGUCGCUGAUAAAGUGCUUGCAUUGGUGGGUGGUGUUACAGCUUAA